GCAAGUUGCUGCAAGGAGUGAGGAACGUUUGAAGGUCUUCGACGUGAGAAAAGAUCGUUAAGACAUCCGGCUGUCCGCAAUCUCCGUUUUCGGCCAGGAUCCCUUGUCUCCCCGAUCACCUGCCGGUAUCGUCUCUGCCUCAGUCACCGCCUUCACCCUUCUCUGCAAAUGAAUUAUAUAUUUGCGUAUGGAGAACGGCGUCGGCACUACUCACAGCGAAAUGCCAGUCAAGGAUGCACGCGCCGAGGUCUUUCCGCCUGCCAGUGGGCCGGUAUAGAAGCACAUGUGGCGGAGGACGACGAGGAGAAGAUGAAGCAAUCAUCUGACGAUAUCAGCACUCUACUCGUUCUCGCCGGUCUGUUCUCUGCUAGUAUUUUGACCGCCUUCGUCGUCUAGACAUACCGAAUACUACAACCAUCCAGCACCGAUGUGACAAAUCAGCUCCUCGCCGCGAACAACCGAAUGCUUGUCCGGGGCUUCUCUGCAGCCCUGACCCAAACCCCCUUCUCGCCUCCACCUAUGCUGGCUCUCGACGAUCCGACGCCGUUCCUCAACCGUAGCGCCGGGCGCCACCAGGCUCACACCACCACCCUGAUAAGGCAACCAGUGUUCGACAUAAGGGCGGCGGGCGGUUUGCAACCAAUAGAAUCUGCUUUCCUAUUCGCACCUACGUUUAAGCUACGGGACGAUCACAAUCU